AAUCCCCAAAGAGCUCUGCUGCCUAUGACAACAGCAUGGGGCAGGUUAACUUGAAGAAGUGGCUGGCACAAUGGAACUGCUGAGGGAAAACCCCAUGAUGAAAAAUGGAACGCACCCAAAGGUGAAUUCCCAGCUGGCAUUAUAAGAAGGCUGUCUGAAGCCAAAGUCAGUAGAUCAGAGCAGCCAGUUUUCUGAGACAUUUGAAGUCUAGACAAUAGUAAAACCUUACUGAACUGAAAAUGACCAACUUUAUCAGCAGAAGCUUGAUCCUGGCUUCUUUGAUGGGGCUGCUGCUAUUGUACCUGUCUGGCACUUCUGAAGCACAAAACAACCAAGAUUGCUGCCUCUCUUACUCCAAAGUACGGCUGCCUCGAGGAGUCAUAAAGGGCUAUACAGAACAGCUAUCCAGUGAAGUCUGUGACAUCAGUGCUAUCAUUUUUCACACAAAGAAUGGAAUGAAAGCUUGUGCAAAUCCAGAAGACCGCUGGGUGAAGAAGCAUCUUCUUUGGCUGAGCCAUAAACUCAAGAAGAUGUCACUGUAAUGUGGGUUUUGAAAUGGAACUAGAAACCGAGGUGGCUGCAGAACCUAAACUAGGUUGGAAUCAUCUUUGUACACGAUGUGUGCUUACUGACCAUUAUUCCUGGCUUCUUUGGAACCAUUGAACUACUGAAGUUGAUUCAUAUUGCAUCAUUUGUUUGCUUGACUUAAGCCUUUUGUUAAAGUUGCUUUUUUCUUUUCUAAUAUACAAUAUUUGAUUACUGUAUAAAGAAGAAAACUGUUUUAAACUAUUAUACAAAAUAUGUGCCCUACUGGGUUUAGAGCAUUUGGAUGUCAUUUGUGCUAUUUAGCAUAAGUAAAAUAGAUAAUUUAUUAUAUUUAUUGUUACAUCAUAGGCAUUUUUUGUGCCAAAAGCUGUUCCCUUUUAAUUCUAAGUAAUGUAAUCAAGAACAAAUGGAUUAAAUGUUUUUAGACUACUGUAAAAACGUGCUUGAGGGAAAGUGGAAUUUGUGGAAACUUUAAAAAUGACAUUAAAAAUCCAAAAUGAGA